AUGCCUUCUACUUCUGUCUUCCAGUCCGUCAUCUAUCCCGGCAAUCACGACAAGGUGUCGAAUUGCAAGGACACCCAGAACUUCAUCGACAACAAGCUCGUGUCUUCGAAGACUACCAAAUGGAUCGAGGUUCAUGACCCGGCGACCAACAAUGUUAUCACACGGGUUCCCGAAAGCACGAACGAUGAGCUGAAAGAAGCAGUGCAAUCAGCGAAAGCUGCUUACCCAGGAUGGAAAAGAACCAGCAUCAUCAAGCGCCAGCAGAUUAUGUUCAAGCUCACACACCUGGUUCGCGAGCAUAUGGACAACCUUGCCACAAGCAUUGUCACCGAACAAGGCAAGACUUUUGCUGACGCCAAGGGUGAUGUUCUUCGAGGCCUACAAGUCUGUGAGACUGCGUGCGGGAUCACUACCCAGCUUACCGGAGAAGUGCUUGAGGUCGCCAAGGAUAUGGAGACUCGAUCAUACAGACAGCCAUUGGGUAUCACAGCGGCUAUCUGCCCUUUCAACUUCCCAGCCAUGAUUCCGUUGUGGUCUCUCCCUCUGGCCACUGUUACCGGCAACUGCAUGAUCGUCAAGCCCUCGGAACGUGAUCCGGGAGCCGCUAUGAUGAUUGCAGAACUCUGCAGGGAGGCUGGCUUCCCACCAGGCGUGGUCAACGUUGUUCACGGAUCGAAGGAUACUGUCAAUUUUCUUCUAGAUGAGCCUGAGAUCCAGGCGAUUUCUUUUGUCGGAUCCAACAAGGCUGGAGAGUAUAUUUACCAACGAGGAACAACCAACGGAAAGCGUGUGCAGGCAAACCUCGGAGCAAAGAACCAUGCACUUUUGUGCCCCGAUGCGAAUAAAGACCAUGCACUAGAUUCCAUCGCUGGUGCCGCCUUUGGAGCUGCUGGACAACGGUGCAUGGCUCUAAGUGUUUUGGUCACACUGGGCGACGCAAAGCAAUGGUUGACUGAUCUCGUUGAAAAGGGAAAGAACCACAUUGCUGGAAGUGGAUUUGACCCAAAGUCCGAUUUUGGACCCCUUAUUACCCCUCAGAGCCGAGAUCGUUGCGAGGCGCUUAUUGCGAGUGCAGAGAAAGAAGGAGCCAAGAUUCUCUUGGAUGGUCGCGGAUGGAAGCCUGAAGGAUUUCCCGAUGGUAACUGGGUUGGCCCAACGGUCAUCGCUGGCGUUCGUCCAGACAUGGAAUGCUACAAAGAAGAAAUCUUCGGUCCCGUACUGCUCUGCAUGGAGGAAGAAACCCUCCAGGACGGUAUCUCACUACUGAACUCGAAUGCCUGGGGUAACGGUGCUGUCAUCUUUACAAACUCAGGAGCCAAGGCUUCACUGUUCCAGCAAGAGGUUGAUGCCGGCCAGGUUGGAAUCAACGUACCGAUCCCUGUUCCUCUUCCUAUGUUUUCCUUCACGGGUAACAAGCGAAGUGUGGCUGGUACAGGCCUUGCAAACUUUUACGGCAAGGAUGGAUUGAGGUUCUAUACUCAGUGGAAGACUGUCACUUCACUGUGGCGCGCGGAUGAGGCAAGCACUGGAGAGAAGUUGACAAGCAUGCCCACCAACUCAUAA